UUCGAGCGAGCACUCUCUUCACUUCGUAGUGAACCGUCCUACGAGAGUGUUCUUUUUAGUGACUGUGGUCGAAGUUUUCUGGCCAGUAUCCAGAAUAUGGUACACCAAACAAAAACCCAUGUCGCUGUGGUGCUGCUCAGCACCGUGCUGUUUUCGUUGCAUUCCUUCGCCGAAAUAACGCACGAAUGCACCAUCAAGAAGGGAGCGGACGAGAACAUGUGCGUAUUCCGGAACAUUGUGUACGGUGCGACCACACCGGACGUUACAUUUAAGGCGCCCUCGUCCAAGGUGCAUUCCGUGGCAUUCGAAAACAGCUCGCUGGAACACAUCCCGGAGCAGUUCCUGGCCGUUUUUCCCAACCUGCGGGCACUAUACGUACCCGAUGUGAACCUCACCUCGGUGGUGAUCCCUAUGAAGCUGGAACGACUGAACGCCGCGAACAAUCGCAUCACGAACGUCAUCGUUCACCAGACACGUGAGACCACGACCAUGCUCGAGCUGAUGCUUGACUCGAACAACCUGCAUGACGUGUCCAACCUGACCCAGCUAGUGAAGCUGGAGAUUCUCAAUCUUAGCGGCAACAAGGAUCUGCCGAAAGACGACACCGUCGAUCUGGAACGGUUUCGAGGGCUCGACAACCUGCGCCACCUGCUGCUCGCGGACAUGAGCAUGCUGUACAUCGAGAACGAGAAGCAGGUGGCAUUUCCGGAGCUGGAGCUGCUCGAGCUCUCCAGCAACAACCUGCUGACGGAUAGCCUGAAUGUGCAGGUAUUUGCACCGAUGAAGGCGCUGCAGAUCCUGCGACUGGCGUACAACCAGCUCACCAAUUUGGACGUGAUGCAGCUGACCGCCAACAACCCGCAGCUGAAACAGAUCUACCUCGAAGGAAAUAAUUUCGCCUGCAACCACCAGCUGAAGAUGCUAGAGUUCCUCAAAGAAGCCGGCAUUGACACGCCAGUCACGAACUCAAAUCCUCGCUGCAUGGUGGGCUUUGAAUUACGAAAUCAUAUGUGUUGCAAGUGGACGAUACCGGAUGCGUCCGAGGUGUCCACCGUCGAAGUGACCGUGACAACACACGUGGACGAACUAACCACGAGCACGGUUACACCGGUAACGAGCGGUCCGAAAUCGAACAUUGACAAGAAUCACGCAUCGUCGGUCACGUUGGCCAAUGUCGGUAGCAUGCUGGUUUGCCUCUCGUUGGUGGCCAUGGCUAAGCUGGUGUCAUUCUAAACGUGUGGUUGCUUUUGUUUCUUGGAGUCAUGCUCAACGGUAUGGAAAAAUUCCGCGAUCGAAAACAAAAGCACCGAUGGAAAUUCCCAUACUGAGCUAUUUGUUUCACCAUUUUGUUACAUUACUACUUACCUCAGCAUUUGAACAAAUAAAACCCAGUUUUGUUCAAAUUUAGCUCCGGCAUAUACGGGCCAUCGGAUGCCGUUUAAAAUUCGAUUAGUAAUUCACCGCAGCAGCACACACACACACACACACAUAUUUCCAUAAAGGUACUCGUCCAUUGAACCAUGCCAAGAAAACACCCAUCGGAUUUUUCUUUUCGUAAGCCUCAUUAACGAUACUUUCAGUAUUACGUCUAGCCGUAGGUUCACCAUAGUCUCAUGAGCUUAACUACCAGAUAGAACGAUUUUCCUCACAUCAUUAGCUUCUACGUAGGUGAAGGAUAAGAAGAUGAACCAACGCGGUUCGAGUUGGGUAUGCAGUACUGUUUGCUAGGGCACCAUAUGUGCAACAUAACUGUCGAUGGAAGCUCGAAAGCGAAGCGAGAACGGUGACUAGUUUUGUCAGGGGACACUGAAGCCCUUACGCGAAAGUUUUGAAUCGAAUGGAAUCAGAUUGGUACUGAGCGAGAAAUUAAGGAUCAUGACUAGCUGAUAGUUGAUCAACUAAUCGAUGGAAUCGAACCGAUAAUUGUGCGUAAAACUAAGCUCCCACGGGAGGCAACGCUACUCCUCAAACUUAUGUAUAUGAAUAUGAUAGAUUUAGGUACUUUGUAGCUAACGGGAGACUACCCUCCGAAAGCCAUUAACAUUUGUCAAGUAUUCAAAGCAUCCCAGUAACAUCUAGGCAGAUACGGUAUACAAUAUCAAAACAAAGGCUUAUCGACCUGUGAAUUUUACAUUAACAACAUUAACACAAACGCGAGGUGAGGGACGACCGGAAGAACUGCGAUUUAUUACAACGAUUUUUACAAGGUUUUGUAACACAUUUUGCGAGCGGCCGGGACGCAGUGGGGCCCAGUUUUAAGCUGCAUAAGGACUGCUGGCGCGAGUAUGCGUUGAAACGAGAGUUAUAACAGGAAAGUCAGAUAAAGUGGUGAGGUAAGUGCUCUUAGGUGGGCCACUAACUCGAGCCAGUGUAAGGAUAACGAACCGCAACCAUUGCAGUGUGAUACCGUACUGAAAAGCAACGAACACCGCCUUUUAACCCGUCCGAAUGGCCAAUCCUCUCCAACACGGACGAUCAAGAUACAGGAUCCAACGGAAGAACUGACGCCCGAGUGGUGCGAAGCACAGCUCACAUUAAAAAAAAAAAGAA